CAAACAGGUUGUUGAACUGAUGAUGCAAUGUGUCAGUCCAUCCGUGCGGCAUUGAUGGGUGUGUUCCAUCCAACACGUCCCCACGUGCAGAUAGACCAUAUACAGUACACUCUCUAGACACGCUGACUGUCUCACGCACUGCCCCUUGCCAGGGCGUCCAUGUAUCCAUAUGAAUGCAUGCACUGUGCCGGCUCAGCGUGCAUCGAGCACCACCCUCUCAUAUGCACCCCGGUACCUCCGCACAUCCACACCCGCCCGUUUUCUCAGCAUGCCCAUGUUUCCAACCACCUCCACCACUUCAUACGCAUCCUUCAGGUCAUUUUUGAUGAACGAUAUGUACCGCCCGAUGUCGUGCAGCAUCACGGUGCUCUGCAGGGGGGAUGUGUGUUUGAGGGCCUGGAUGAGACAGGCCAGGUGGAAGCGGCCGUCGAUGAGCACGCCGUCGUAUGUCUGGGGGCCCUGAUGGCGCUCACGCAGAAGGUCCAUCACCUGCAGACACCGACACGACACAAAGAACAUUUAUUGGAGUGGGGGAAAGAGGCCAGGUUGCGUCUGUGUCUCUGUGUGUGGGCUCAUCCCACCUCUACGUAAGGCUUUUUGAAUGCCUGACAUCUUUGUCUGACGGCCUCUGUCUGCUCCUCAGGUCCGUGGCUCAU